GAUUUAAAUAAAUUUGUUUUUUUUUGUAUUUAUGGUAUACAUCUUUUCCAAACUAGUUUCUUUACACAAUAUUAUAGAAAACAUGGAUAACAUAUCCCAACAAUCAGAUGAGAUAGAAGCCCUAAAAUCCAUUUUUGGGGACGAAUGGCAUGUUGAUACUGAAACUGGUACAUACAAUAUUAAUAUUUCUAAAGAAGUAAAAUUAUUCAUAACUCUAACUUCCGAUUAUCCAUCUAGUUCUUUACCGAAAUAUGAAUUACUAGCACCAAAUUUAAAUAUUAGUCAAAAGAAAACUAUAGAACAAAAAUUUCAGAAUCUGUAUAAUGCAGAAGGAGGUGGUCCUCUUAUUUAUCAAAUGAUAAUGAUUGUUGAAGACAUUGUUAAGAAAUAUGACCAUACCAAAUCAAAUAAUAGUUUGUCUUCAAUUAGUCAAGAAGUUAGUGUAAAUGUAGAUGAGAAAAGUGAAACAAAAUAUUCUCAUUUAAAGAUUCAUCAUGGUCCUACAAUUGUAGACAGAAAAAGUGUAUUUCAAGGACAUGUUUGCGAGGUUAAUAAUAAAGAAGAUGUAAAUGGAUUUAUGGAGUUACUUCUUGAAAAUCGAAAAAUAGCUCAAGCAACACACAAUAUUUCUGCAUAUAGAAUUUUACUACCUAAUAACAUAAUACUGCAGGAUUGUGAUGAUGAUGGAGAAAACAGAGCUUCAUCCAGAGUUCUUGAAUUACUUCAAACUUUAAAACUAAACAAUGUAAUGGUGGUUAUUUCAAGAUGGUAUGGAGGCAUUCAACUUGGCCCAGACAGAUUUCGGCACAUCAACAAUGCCGCCAGGCAAGCAUUAGUGGAAUCGGGAACAAUAAAAAACUGAAAUUUAUUUUAUUGCAAUUAAGUCUGCAUGUUUUAAAAUAAUUUGUUCUAACUAUGUAAAUAAAAGUUAUUUUAUUCGUUUUUUUCGGGUUACAAAAAUCACAAUGCUACAAGUCUAAUUGAAGACUGUUUUUGACUAUAUUUAUUUUAAAUCAAAGUAUGUUUCAAUGAAAAAUAAAUGAUUUAAAUAUUUUAUAAAUAAAACUUGCAGUUCAUUUCAGCAUCAUUUAUUUUCAAGUAAGAAUUCAAUUCAUUUACCAUAAUAAUCAAAAACAGUUAAUAGAAUACAAAUUAGAACUACAAAUACAUGUAAAAUACAAUUAGAAAUUAUGGAGGUAAAUUGUACCUCAUAGAUUCAUUAUGAAUAGCUCUUAUUAAAUCUUGAUUGAUGGAGAAAAUGAAUCUUAAACAGGCAAUUUCGACGACUGCAUUAUCAUAUAAGCGAACUUUGUUACCUACUGUUAUUGGUCUACCAUCAACAAAAAUUGGUCUCUUGCCUUCUGAUGAAAGAUAAAAUUCACCAAACUUAUUACCUUAGAGUAGCCUGUCUUCUAGAAAUCUUAUGUGCUGGUCCUUCUAGGGCCAGAUCUAUAUCUACAACAUGACCUUUCCCGGAUCGUCCAAUACUAAUUUCCCUACUUCUCAUUAAGUACCUAACCAUUCUUCCCCUUAGGACAGCUAAAGUCUGGUUAUCUAACAUACCUGGGCAGACACCAGUAACACUGUCAACUAAAACGUUCCAUCUUCCCACCUAAAAUAAAUUAAAACU